ACAUUCUGGUUUGAUAUAUCAACGAUGCUCAGUUGUCUUUGAACAUUUAAACGUUGAACUUCAAUGUGUGUCGGGGAAAAGUUUGGAUUUUAUUUCUGUCCAUCAAUAGCAUUUUGAAUUUAUAUGAAACUUUUGAAUUAUAUUUUGUACUGAGAUUCAAUCAGUUCGGUGUCGAACUAUAUUCUGACUGUUGCAAGGGACAGUGAUUAAAGCGAUUAUAUGAAACUUUUAAAAAAAAGUUAAAGUGCAAAAUAAACAAGAACCUAACGUGAUUUUUUAUGUAACUUUUGUGUGUUGUUUUUAUUGUUGGUGUUGUUGACUUAGAAUUAUAUGGUGCAAAAUACAAAAGUAAAAUCUCGAAUUUCUUUGUGAAAGAUUUUUGUUUCCUAGUUUUAUGUUUAUAUGCAGUCCGUUAUUGGCAAUAUUUAACGAAGAAAACAUAAAAGUAUCGAUUUGGUGAAUGGAUUUUUUAAUUUUGUGUGUAUUGUAUGCCAGUACAGUAGCAAGAAACGAUUAAAUUUAAAUUACAUCGUGACCUAUAUCAGUGAAUGCUUUUUACACACACUUAAUUUUAAAAAUAAUCAAAAACUGAAAUGUGCCAAUUUUAAACAAAAGUUAACGAAAAGAAAACAAUAAAAACAGUUUCGUUGUUCUGCCGUGUUGAACUUUUUAUUAAUAUUGUUGCUGUGAAAUCCGAAAGAGCAUCAUCUCAUGUGGAUUAACAAUUUUACUUUUAUGUAAUUGAUAAUGAAUUUGCAACAAAUAAUGCGCUAAGAGAGCUGCUACAAUGGAAAGAACUGGUUUAACGAUGGCUUUAUUACAAAUGCUACUACUGUUGCUGUACGCGCUACCGUCACUUUCGCUACCAAUCACAUCGAAUCCACUUGGACUAGAAGAUACACCCGACAAUUUAGCCUAUCACACACAAUCGCUGGAAGGACCAUCCGAACAUGAAGGUGUCCGCAAAAUUGCGAAAUCAAUUUUCAUCACGCCAAACCAUCCAGACUUUCAUAUGAGCUGUCCGAACGGUUACCAAAUGAAAGACGGUGAAUGUGCGAAAAUACCGAAUUUUGAGGUGAAUCACCUCGCCCUGAUAACGGCACAAUUGGAACAAUUUCUGGACAAUAAGCCCACAACAUCCGACUACGAUGAAUACGAUUAUGAUAGUUAUGGCGAUGUGACCGAAUCGGCCGAACCGUUCCAUGUGCCAUUGAGCGUAAGCUUCGAGGACGAAGAGCCGGUCCGUGACAAAUACAACGAUGGCAUUCAGAAUAUGCCCUUUCUUGCCGAUGAUUCCGACGGCAGCGAAGAAACAUCCCAAAAGAAUCCGUCUUCGACCGGACCAAAAACCACAGACGGCGAGAACGUGGCACCGAGUGGUGCAGCAGUCGCUACAAAUGUUGAUAAGUGGACUGAUGACAAUUUGGCAUACAAUAAGGACGGCACUCGGAUGGAACAUGACAUAGAUCCAACAACUUCGAGUGAUGUUGUUGUUGUGACAACACCGUCACUAACAUCUACCACACAUAAAAAGGUCCUUGUCGACCCGCCACAGUAUAUGUUAUCCCAGAAACAAGAUGAGCAUACCCCUACGACAGAAAACGAAUUGGAUCCAAUUACAUUUGUUGGAAAGGAUGGGCUAGGUGACAGUGCACAAAUCACUGUGUUCAACAACGAAACCGAAGCCCAACACCUGGACCAGGAGGCUGCUGGCAACAAUAUGGUACAAAAUCAUAUCGAAUCAACCACGCAGAGCGAUGACCAAAACAAUUUGGAUAAGGAGUUGCAAAGUGAAUCACUUUUCAAAGACGACAGCGUAACGGGAACGUCAAUUAACGUUAGUGAUGGUACAACGGAAAUGAAUGAAAAUGACAUAGAGGUGACGACACAGCCUCUGAACUCUUUCAGUGACAAAGAGAAUUCUGUUUCUGCACCAGUACUGCUGCUCGAAACAUCCAGCAAAAUCGAACAACCAGUUGUUGUUGUACCAACUGUUGAGCAAGUUCAAAUCGUGACUCCAGUUCACCCAACAACUACAAGUCACAGUACCACAUCCCAUCAUCGCAGAAAGUCACACAACCAAUCUACACCGUCAUCAGCACAUACAAGUGAAUUGCAAACGGCCGAACGUUUAAACAUUAACGAAUCGAUGUUGAACAAAAAACUGAGAGAAUCCGUAAUGAAACACGAAUUGAACGAAGACGCCAUCGAAACAAUAGAUACAAAUAACAGAUUUGUGUACACUCACCUCGAUUCAUCGGCAUCCAAUGAACCCGAAACACCAUCAUCAUCAUCAUCACCGACAACAAUGCAGCCAACAAUUACGCAGCAAAGUGCGUUGGAGCAAUUAAGAUUUCUUAACGAAAAUAAUCACCGAAAUAAUCGAAUCCGUUUUCCAGACCAACCAUCGCCGUUGAAUAUCUUCUCCAACUUCAAAGGCGGCACCAUCAAAUUCCCCGGUCCGGUUCAGCAGCGAGCUACUGAACCACUGUUCAACCGUCUAAUACCCGACAUAAUACCGAAAAAGCCGCCAGAAACGUCUGGCGCCCGGCCGCUGUUCUCCUGGUUGCCGGCUGGCACAUCGUUCGAUUUCAAUCGAAAUGUGAAUCCUGCAUUUAUGCGAUUUUGGAAUAAAAUGCCAUUAAUACGGGACCGUGCGAUGGCAUCGAAUGCCACAUCUUCAUCGUCCGAGCAGCCGCGAUCGAAUUCGAAAAGUCCGACCGACAAUUUGUACAAGGAUGCGCCCGUGUCCGAGGUGUACAAAGUUAUUUCAUCGAGAAACUAUAAGCACGACAAUAGAUAGGUUAAUGUUUAUGUGGUAAGCUUCGAUUGGAUUGAACUCCCCCCAGAAGUGUAUGUUUAGAUGUUAGGCUAUUUUUACCAAAAAAACAAGAAAGGAAAAAAAAUUAUUGAAGACAAUGAGAAGUGAAGAAUAAAGUGGAUAAAAUUCUGAAUCAUUGUGGAGAUAUUAUUGUAAAUAUGUCGCUAUACACACUCAUCAUCUCAUCAAUUUUGUGUGUGGCUCGCUGCUGCUUCAUUUUAUUUUAUUUAAAUUUUGAACAAUUUGUAUUCGAUGGAAAUUAGCAAUUUUCCGCAAUGCAAUGCUCUGUUAUCAUUCUUUCUAUAUUUUCAUUUAAUUUAUAAACCAAACAAAACUCUAAGCAUUUUGUAUUAUAAUAUUUAUAUAAUUUAACGCCGCAAAAUCCCCCCAAAUGCAUCGUCGUAAUUACGAAUUUAAAUCAUUUUUAUUUAAAUAUUAGAUUGAACGUAAAUUAUUUCCCCCCUCGUAAUUCGUCUAUCUUGAAAUGGAGUGCACAUACAGGGCCUAUUUUAAGGAAUUAAAUCCUUAAUAUUAUUAAAAAUUCUUUAAAAAAAAUCAUUCAAAAAAACGUUUUAAUUGUGCGGCGUAAAUCAUCCUAUUUUCUCCACGCAAAUGAGGUGAGAAAAUGGCAUUUUGUUGACGCACUCUCUGAUGACAGUUCAGAUGAGUAAUUGUUUAUUUUCUCAACUUUAGUCUAUCCAAUUUUCAGUGGACUGAACAAGAUGUUUUACAUGAAUCGAAAGCCGUUUCUAACCAUCCCUAGGGCAAAGCCUUUACCACCCUCGUAAAUUAACGAGUUAUCUCGUAUCCGAGGGCGGCAGCACGAGGUACUUUUACUCACCGUGAUACGAGGUAACUAGUUACUUCCCAGUUAUAGUAAUCUACUAUUAAUUUACUAGGGUGGUAAAGGCUUUGCCCUAGGGCAGUAAUGACCUUAUUACUUUCCUAGUAAGUUAAAAUCCUUUACAUAACUCAGAAUAAAAGAUGAAAAAUCUCGUUUUCGUGUGACUAAUUGACUAAUUGACUAAUUGAGAAAGUCGAUAAACAAUUUUAGUUGUGAAUACAGCGAAAAUAACUUGUAAAAUUUAAGAAUUUUUAAGAAUUUAAUUCCAUUAAAAUAGGCCCUGGUGCACAGUGCAUUUUUAAGUCUUGGCAUAAGAUUGAUACAAAAUUUAAAUAAUCUCAAUAUUACAGGCCGGGAGCCACUUUACACAUACAGUCUGAGAAAUAUAGAUUUCGAGAUUUUAAGAGCCAUCAUCGUUUUUCUGUAUUCUCUCAUUUCGCAUGUUAUUUCAAAUGGCAAUUGAGAGAAUUAGAGAAACGAUGAUUUCUCUAAAAAUUCCGAAAUAUAUGUUUCUCCGACUGUAUAUAAGCCAAUGGUUUGAAACCUUUAACAUGCUUUUGCUUUCAGAUUCAGGCCGAACCCGACGGUAACAGUUAUGAUCAGAUCGAACCAAGUAAGGUUCGGAUCAGGCCCGAUAUAAACCCGAAAUAAACAAAUUUCAGAAAAAGUGAAGUUCGGGUCGAAUCUACUAUAUACUAUACGUGAACGCCAAAUUAGAUGGAGUUAAAAAAAUAGAAAAUUUAGCUUGUUUUGAAAUAUCAAGUUUGGCUUGGUAACAUCGAGGUGCAGCCGAUUUUCAGUAAAAUAAUCGAAGUCACUAUUCGAAAUCACAGACGAUAAAAUUACCGAAUCUGUUUCUGUUACUUCUUUUGAUCGAAGUAUUUUCGACAGAUUGACACAAAAUCUUUUACUUCAAUAGUUUUACCCUAAUAUAAGAGCAAUAGCCAAAAUUUAUCAUUUUUUUCUUCGUCGAUGUCGUUAACAGAUGACAUUGUGAAAUACUCCGAAAAUUAUCAUGCUCUGUUUAGAGAGAGGAUGGAUUGGAGAAUGAUAUUUGUCGCUAAAAAAAUUACGUAAAUUCGCUUCAGAUAUUCUUUUAAGAAGAACAAUUUUUAAUUGGGUUACUAAUCCGUUAUGUUUAGUUCAAUCAUCCAAUGAUUAAGUUCCAAUUUUAUUCUUAACGGCAAAAUCUCUUUCCACCUCUAAAGUUGAAUUUCUGUCUAUAUUUUCAAUAAAAUUGCACCGCCAUCUCAUUACUAUCCCAUUAUUUACCUAAUAGGACUUGUUAUCAGUAAACCAAUAUUAGUGGCCAUAAAUUUGAAACGACACCAAUAAUCAAGAAUCCAACGGACGGCCUAUUUUUAUAGCAGCGAAUCAAAUGUGCAAAAUAAAAAUGUUAAUGGAUUGACAUCUACACUUUAUACUCUUUUGCAAGUGUUUAUUUGCAUGAAAUGGAUUUUUUUUGUAUGUCUUCUCCCUGAUUAGAUGGCAAAAUCAUGCGACGAUAUUCUUGCAACAGCUUUUCGGAUUCAUUUUAGUCAUUAAAAAGUUUUUUUUUUAAAUAUAAGAUGAACGUUUUACUACAACUACGCCAGAAAUACGGUUUACCCUUAACGCUCUUGAAAACCACAGAAAAAAAUUUGAAUUUUGCACUUGGAGACUUUGAACCCAACUUUAUUGAUGAUAACAUAUUUUACUAGCAAA